AUGCCGGUUCUAUACAGCUACAAGGAGUCGGGGAACAGCUACAAAUGCCGCCUACUAGCAGCAUUCCUUGGUGUCAAGCUGGACAUUGUUGAGAUUGAUUUCCUCGGCGACGAGCAACAUGGCGAAGAUUUCCUCGCCAUCAACCCUAAGGGAGAAGUGCCGACCCUCGUUGAUGGAGACACCGUGCUCACGGACUCGGCCGCCAUCCUGGUAUACCUCGCCGGCAAUACCACACUAAACAACAACUCGACCACAUGGUGGUCAUCCGACAUCGCAGAGCAAUCUCAGAUCACCGAAUGGCUUGCUUUUGCUGCCUCUUGGGUGCAGUAUGGCGUUUUUACGGCCCGGGCCAUUCUAUCCUUUGGUGGGCCAUACAACGGCAUCGGUACAGCGUCCACUGAGCAAACUUUGAAAGAAUCUCAAAUUCGUGGAGUCAAGUCGCUCGAAAUUCUGAACAAGCGCCUUUCGCAACGAGAAUGGCUGACGCUGGAGCGGCCGACGAUCGCGGACAUUGCGGUCUUCGUCUAUGUUGCUCUUGCCCCGAUGGGUGACGUUUCUUUGGAGCCAUUCCUUCACGUACGCCAAUGGAUUAAACGCCUCGAAGGACUUCCCGGGUUUAUUCCAAUUGAUGGUCUCGACGAUCCUUUGUACAGAAGAAAGAAUGAAUAA